UUGUCCGCAGUCUUACGUCACACAUGACGUAAUGACGUCAAAACUGGGAACUAAGGAAGAAGUUGCCAUGUUUCGCUUUCCAGUGAGGUUCCACGAAACAGCUGGUAGACGGUAAACAUGCUGACGAUUGUCUCAACGUUAACGCUGCAAACGUUCUGCGAUCUACAAGUCGGACAGUCGCUUUGAAUUUACUAUCUGUAGGCCUACUGUCAGACGCCUUGGCAAUACAGACGGCCAUGGCUGUGGCGAUAGCAAACGGAGGAACGCAGCGGCCGCAACGUCCGCAAAGAUGUAGUGCAGGCGCUGGACCCAAAUUCAAACUCAUUCACGAAGGAGACAUUCAAGUUUGUCGCUUAAACCACAGCCGGACUUUGAUCAGUAAAGUGUUAAGUUCCAAAUUCUUGAGGAGAUGGGAAGCACAUCAUGUUUAUUUGGGAGAUUUCCAGAUGUAUUCUGCCACGUGUGUAGGGUUUAUGGAAUGUCCGUUAUCGUAUCAAGAAAUACUGGAUGCAUAUACUGUAAACAGAUGGGAUACAGGUCAACACUUUUGCAUUAGGGUAACAGUUCCAGAUGGAUCAGUAUUACUAAAGGCAUCCAAUGCAUAUUUGAGAGAUCAAUGGCUUCACUCAUUAAAAUGGAAGGUUAACCUGUUAAGAUACAAAAGACUUAUAUCAAAAUCCAGUGAUCCUGAAGGCCUAACAAAGGAACUCAGGGAACUGGUUCUCUUCUCACUAACAACACCAAUACAAGAUGAUGUAAUAUUCACAGUUCCUUUGGAGAUGGUCUCAGAUAUUCUUGCACAUCAUUUUAUCUCAUUUUCUGACGAGGAACAAGAAAACAUUAUAGUGACACUUGCACCUGUUCUGGAAUAUGUUCAGCCCUCCCCAGAAGUGUGUGCUUUCUUUAGCAAGCACUGCAAAGGCCAACUUUAUAAUAAUGAAGUAUUAGAUGUCUUCCUACCUGCUGUACACAGAAUUCUUAAACACAACAUGGAUUUUGGAAAAUAUCCACACCUCAGAAUGUUCGUUCAAGAUUAUAUUUAUACAUUGUUCUGUAAAGAUGAAGAUGCUGAUGUUGUCAGAGAAUUUGUUGAGAGUGUUCACAGUCCUGGUGCUGCUUGUCCACAUCCUAGAGUCCUUCCAAAUCUAGUUGCUGUUGUUCUUUCUGCUGUAUACUCCACAUUCGACCAAAGUGACAAAUUGCUUGUCAAAUAUGAAGAAAUCAACACAAAAUUCUUGCUCUGCUUCAUGACAGUGAUGGAUACUAUUGCCCAGUUUGAAGACUGGAGACCGAACCUGUCAACAUUACUUCAACCAAUUCCUUUCCCCAAAGAAGCCCUGAAGAACGAGACAUUUGUGCUGUACAUCAGCGCAGUGAUAAAAGCAUUUGCUGAGGAUCAGCGGUGUGAGGUACAUCAGUCGAUCCUUCCUGUCAGAAAAGGCAAAGAUGGCUGGAUUGACAUCAUCUGCCCUGGAGGAGUCUCCUGUUUUGAUGAAGGACACUUUUUCUCUCAUGUGAUGUCACGGUUGUUAAAUUGUUGUGGGAGAAGGAAAAAGACUCUUUUGGACCUCAAAGAAUCCAUGCUUGGGCCUUUCAUGCUUCUUGCGUUAAGGGGUGACAGCAGUUUUAUUCAGACGCUGUCGUUUAUGUUAGAAGUUGAGGUCCUACAAGACGAGAAUGAAAAAUUGCAGAUUAUAUCGACAUUAGAGAGCACGGAGGAAGGAAAAAUGUGUUAUGAAGCUCUCUGUCAGAAGAAAGCCAAGUUCCGACAAAUGCAGGAGAAGGGUGGACCAACAGUCCUGACUCUACCAACAAAAUCAACGGAUGACGAUCUGGCUCGACUGCUCAAGUCUGGCUCAUUUGGGAAUCUUCAAAGCCUUAACCUUGCUUUCACGCACGUGACAAGUGCGUGUGCUGAAUACUUGGUUCAGCUGCCAGCCCUGCUGCACUUAAAUCUCUGGUCAACACAGUUUGGCGACAGAGGUCUUCACAUGGUCGCUGAGCAGCUCCACAACUUAGAGUCCCUGAAUCUCUGUGAGACGCCCGUGACGGACGAUGGUCUGUCAUCCUUGGUAAUCAUGUCCAGUCUCCGCAACUUGAACCUCAACAGCACCAGACUCUCACCGACAACAUACGAAAAACUCAAGAAAUUACCGAGACUAGAGGAAUUUGAUGUGAGGUACACGGAUGUUUGACUUGUGAAUUCUGCUAAGUUUAUCGCCUACGUGCCUUAUGACAAGAAACAGUAGAUGCAUCUGUGACACGUCACGCAAUCAUUGAGACCCUGGUCUGUUCACAUUAGUUACCAGGGUCCCCUGACGCCGUCUUGGUAGCUCGUCCGUAUCCUUGGAGAGGCUGGAAACUAACACUAGCACAGAGUCGUGUAAUAUAUUCUUACAGUUGAUUUUGUUGCUUUGCGGUCAACAGUUUUGUAGAGUAGGUUCUAAAAUUAUUAUUAUUAUUUGUUCGAAGCUCAGCAGAAACAAGAGAAUUAACGCAAAUAGUUGUAUUGUACAGAGAUCUAUAUAUUUGUGCUGUUGUGGCACGUUGUAGAUACAAAUGCUGUUUGGUGUGAACGCCAUUCUUUAUUUCAUUAAGGGUUAUAUCAUUCCAUUUCCCUCUUCAGUUAAUAAGUCGUGUGAUGUUUCCUGUUUGUGGUACAGUAGGGGGUUGGGAAUGAGUAGACACACUGGUAGCGACCCACUCGGGUCCAGUUCCUCGUCUAAAACUUUGCGCCUGCGACCAUGCCACCGUGGCGUUCAACGUGGAAUAACUCUGAUUAGUUCCGUGGCCUAAAAAAAUCUGCAAUUUGUGUUUGUCGUCAGCGGGUAAAUUAUUUCGUGGGAGAAGCGUGUUUAUGUUGCUAAUUUUAAAGUUCGAAGGCUUGUUUUGUUGAACUACGUUGGGAAAAAGGAGAGAGACUCACAGUUAAUCUAAAAUGAGAGACGUUUAUGUAAUAUAGCGUCAGAGGAAAAAAAUAACUGUGUAAGUUGGAUAUUUUCUGAGAGAAUCGACUUGGUUCUGUUGCAAAUUAAACGUUUUUUCAUGCCGGUAGAAGGAUCAUUGCAAAUAUAACAAGUGGUAAACCGUAUUGUUGUGUUAAUUUGUGUUAAAACAUAGAAUCAGCCGAUCAUUGCGGAGUAUUCUCAGGAACACCAGAACGAAUAUAAUUAUAAUCUAGGGCCUUCGAGCAACAGGGGUUUCAAAAGUUUAUAAUUAGUUUAUUAUUCUUUUUAAAACAACGGCUCUGUAGUGGAAGUCUAGUGUGUCCAUACUUCCUUUGAGAGAUUUUGCAAAACCUGAGCCUCUAAAACUUCUCUCUUCUCGUGCUUUAUUUAUCCUCACGCCUGAGAAGUCAGAAUAAACCUCCGCCCCCCNAAAAAAAAAAAAAAAGAAUCAAAGAAACAAAUUCAUGACGCAAGGGAUCCAUGUAGUGGCUUGUGAUUGGUCGUUUACAUACCCGCGAAAAUCUACGUUAUGAGGGCGGAUUUAUUACAGAAUGCAUUUUCAAAAAGAAUCGGGAAAAAUGUUUACCAUGUGUCCCAGGUUUUUAAAACGAGAAAAUAUUUCACGCUGAAACUUGAAAUUAGACGACAGCCAGUGAUAUACACCGAAAGUUAAUUUGAAACCCCUGUCAACAGUGAACACUUUUAGGGAUAGUGGAAUGGUGCAUUUCUUUCUGUGAAAGCCUAGUGUAUAAUGCUUUUUUAAUAGUGAAUGUUCUACCAAGAGGCCUAGCGUAUCAGUGAAAGUGGUGGCAGUCCUUGGCCUUUCCUACACAAAUUCCCCAGGUGAAUAACAGACAAGCAUUUUUUUUCUCCGAGUGAUCUGUUGCCAGCUGUUGUGUCUUUCCUGUAUAACAAGGCCCAGGUCCGCAGCUGCUUUGGUCUCCAGAUAAAAUACGCCCACGUUCUUUAUCACGUGAAACGAAUCUUACCUAGCGCAAUAUCUCGAUGCCACUUCCUGUUCCGGUGUUCUUUGGUUUGCAUACCUUGAAAUGUCUAUUUUUGGCUCGAAAGAAGGUUUUAGAUAAAUCUAUGCAUCUGGUAGCAGUUGUUUUGCUAGAAAACUGCGCAUACUCUGAACUUUUUCCCGCUGUGUUCAUCUGACUGUGAUUUCCCCACUUCUUGGCCAAUCGGGAGCCACUUAUGCCUGCGAAGCACAUGUUAGUGCACGUGCGGUUUGUGGUUGGCUGAUUGGCUCAGAAAUUUGGAGUGCCUUGAACUAAAAGCAAAAAUCAAAAACUUAGCGAGGUUGACAAGUUACGUUUCACCACUAUUGACAAUGUUCUCUCCUUUCAAAUAGUCCAGCUUCGAGUUAACCGAGACCGCUGAACAGAAAGAGUAAAGACUCAUCUGCACAGUGUUAGUCUCGAUCUGAGUGAAGUAUAAAUUAUUCAAUACUGUUACAAAAGUGAUGAAGGACAUAAAGCGUAAGGUGAAACAAUACACAGAGUUGUCAAUUCUCUCACUGUUAUUGGCGAAUAUUUCAAUUCAGAUAGAGCCUGUGCACAGGUGCUUUCUUAGUCCUUUAUUCGGCCAUGUUGGUUUCUCGAAAUUGGACCAUUACUAUCUCUUUUCAAGAUUCAACCAUGAAUGAAACUAGAGGAAAGUUCAUUUCGCUUUGAAACCUGUAGAUCAUAGCUUCAUUGUAUAGUCAGUAUUUAGAGUGCUAUGAAUAUAACUGCUAUUAGUCUGACAGUACCUGCUCAUUGUACAUAAAAUACGCCACAUGAAUAUAAUUAAGUUCCAUUUGUGUAUAAUAAUGAAGGAAUUGUAAAAUUGUUUUCCUUUCUCCUUGUUCUCCCUUUGUGUAGGAGACACGAAGUUAAACUUAAUAUAAAUUAUUACUUCUUUAUCUUUCUUGUGAGUUAAAAGUUACGUCGUAGGUUGCUGUUUGGACGUUUGAAACUUUAAAGUAAAGUUAAUUUACAUUUUUGGUGCCUUUCGGUUUAGGCUACUUCAAGCAUUAUUUCAGGUAUCUCGAAACAUUCGUGGUUCAUAAAAAAAAGAACUUAGUAUCGGCUUUACUUAAUAGAACAGUACUGGGACCUUUCUAUUGUAGCCCUGGGAAGAGAUGGGAAGCUGUUGUCCUGUAAAUGUAAGAUAGAUAGAUCGCGAACAGUCCCCUUAUUUUUUGCGCUUUGUGUUUUGGACUGCCAGUCUUUUCAGCGGAAAAAUAGCAGGAAUGUUCACAGUUAGUAGCUAAACCGUCAACCAUGUAAAUUUGCUAGUGCUACGUUCAUGAAUGACUUGAAAUAAAAGAUAAUAAAUAUUAUCCAUGCCAAAA